AUGAGUCACCGUAAGUACGAGGCCCCCCGCCAUGGUUCGCUUGGAUUUCUGCCGCGAAAGCGUGCGGCGCGCCAUCGUGGAAAGGUCAAGGCAUUCCCCAAGGACGAUUCCAAGAAACCUGUCCAUUUGACGGCUAUCAUGGGUUACAAGGCUGGAAUGACGCAUGUCGUCCGUGAUCUUGACCGUCCUGGAUCUAAGAUGCACAAGAGAGAAGUCGUUGAGGCUGUAACCAUUAUCGAGACACCCCCGCUGGUUGUUGUCGGUGUCGUCGGUUACGUCGAGACACCCCGUGGUCUUCGUACCCUCACGACUGUCUGGGCAUCGCACUUGUCUGAUGAACUUAAGCGCCGGUUCUACAAGAACUGGUACCGUUCGAAGAAGAAGGCUUUCACUCGGUAUGCGAAGAAGCAUGCGGAGGACGGUGGGAAGUCUAUCGCCCGAGAGCUUGAGCGUAUCCGAAAAUACUGCACUGUCGUUCGCGUUCUUGCUCACACGCAGAUUCGCAAGACCGGUCUCAGCCAGAAGAAGGCGCAUCUUAUGGAGAUUCAGGUGAAUGGUGGUUCAAUCGCGGAUAAAGUUGAAUUCGCGCACGGACUGUUCGAGAAGCCUGUGGAGGUUGGUACUGUGUUUGAGCAGGAUGAGGUGGUCGAUGUCAUCGCCGUGACGAAGGGACACGGUUUCGAAGGUGUGACUCACCGGUGGGGUACCAAGAAACUCCCUCGUAAGACGCACAAGGGUCUUCGCAAGGUUGCCUGUAUCGGUGCUUGGCAUCCGUCGAAGGUCAUGUUCUCAGUCGCUCGUGCUGGUCAAAACGGUUAUCACCAUCGAACUGAACUGAACAAGAAGAUCUACCGCAUUGGCUCGGGUGACGAUGAGGCGAAUGCUUCGACUGAACACGAUAUAACGAAGAAGACGAUUACACCUAUGGGUGGCUUCCCUCACUACGGUAUUGUCAAGAACGAUUACCUAAUGUUGAAAGGCUCUAUUCCCGGCACGAAGAAGCGUGUGAUUACUAUCCGCAAAUCACUCAUGGUGCACACGUCCCGUCGGGAUCUCGAGAAAGUGCAGCUCAAGUUCAUUGACACGUCGUCGAAGUUUGCUCGUCUUUCCGUGCCCGAUAUUAGCGAGAGGACCCCCUCCCAUGGGGAGGAUAAUAGCACGCAUGACAACUCGACCGGCGUCGAUAACGAGAAACAACUAUCCGUCUCUCCAAAAACGAACACAGGCAGACGCCAUCCUCUCAUACCCCCGAUCCAAACCACGAAAAAAGGUUCGACUACGAACUCGUCUCGAACUCAAGAGCAUCUCGUCGUUGCGCCCGUGUCUCGGGCAAUUGCGUCGUACCUGUCGGCAGGGACGUCGCGCUCGCUUGAUGUUUCCAUGGGGUUGUCCAAGCUAACCUAUCCGGAACUGUCUACGAAUAUCUUACAGCACGAGGGUACUUCGAUCGUUAACCAGGAUUUCGGAAAAGGCCGAGAGUACUUCGAAGAAAUAUUGGCAAAUACGUCGUCGGCCUCGGAAGCAUGGGAUGCCUACCAGCGAUUAAUGGAAUUCCCUCGUCCCGCAACCAAUGCUCUGGUCGUCCAUUAUGCUCUCCUCCAUCGCCUCGCUCGUCUUCUCAUGUCUGUUCGUCCACGGACUAGGUCACUUUUUCUACGUCUUCUUUCUGUUCUGACCUCCUUGUAUACAUCCGGUGGGCGUGUGCACAAGUGGGAGUGGAAUGCCUUGAUCGAUUGCGCUGGAAAGGGCUGGCGGAAGACGAGGAUAGAAGAUUUUCAAGCUGCAUUGGACGUAUAUAACGAUAUGGUCUCCCGCAAGGCACCUGGUGCAGCCUUUAAUUGCAAUCAGCACGAUUUGGCAUGCCAUGAUUAUGGCCUCGAUGAAAGCUCAGUCCCCCAACCAGACAUUUUUACUUACACAACCCUACUGCAUAUUGCUGGUCGAACGCUCAAUAUCGCUGCUUUGCGCCAUGCAACAAAUAUGCUGGAGUCAUCUGGAAUACCCCGUAAUCGCAUCACCCAUCUCGUGCUCGUCCGCUAUUUUACCAGGAAAGGCGACCUCCUUGGCGUGCGGGCGUCCCUUUUAAGGAUGAGGCAGGAUGGUCAUGAACUUGGCUUGGAUGGUAUUAAUGCAUGUGUAUGGGCAUAUGCACGGAAUGGCCGCAUUGACAUUGCUGCGCUUCUAUACCGAGUCCUAAGGCAUAACCUAAUACCCGAAGACGAGCUAGGAGCAUAUGAAAUCGAGACGGCGAUUGAACAGCUGGCUACCACCGAAGGCCUUGUGGUUCCCAGACACCUCAAACCUGACGCAACGAUGUAUUAUGCCCUUAUCCAAUGCUAUGCAUACCAUGGCGACCUUGUCCAGGCUUUGCGCAUAUUCAGCGACAUGAUCACGACAAAUGAACAGGAGCGUUUUAUGCAAAGCGAUCUCGACGCAGUCGACCCAUCGUGGACGGAUAGAUCGCCUACGUUACCAGCGUUCCGGUCCAUCUUCCUGGGUUUUGCUCGCCAUGGAGGUAGAACUGCACAAAGAUUUCAGGAUGCUGGCCCUCUCACACGCCAACUGACGUCUUCCGCGUGGACUAUGGAUAAUCUCGACGCCCUAUUCACCAGCUUCAUCAGACUACCCCACGAAGCCAGACCUAGUGACAGGACAAUUUAUUGGCUGUUGAUGGCCUACGACAAGCUAAGUGGACAUGCAAACUGGAAGUUGCGCAGGAUCUGGGAGCAACUGGAAGAGAGAUUCGGUGGCGGGUGGGGAGGGAGACUGGAGCGAUUCAAAACAAGGAUUUAUGAUAGUUCAGAGACCAAAAAAGAAUAG